UGUGUGAAUGGGUACUUUUAGUAUUUUACAUAUAAUAAUCUGUAAUGUUCGGGAUUUAUGUGUGGUUUUUACGUCUUGAAACGUUUCAUAUGUUUGUAUAUAUUACAAUGAAGAAAAAUUGGCUAUGAUGGUCGUGUUUAGGAGAACCCGUUGCAGAGUUUACUGACAUUUGUAAGGGUGUUUUAGGCAGACCUGGCAACCCUGGCUAUACCGUAAACCCCCCGGCUGAGCUGUUUGUCUUCUUACCAUGUGGUGUGCUUGGGUAGUGUUACUGGACCUUGUGCAGUUAUUCUCCUGAAAUCCGCAGAACAAACUAGUACUCUUGUUCGCGAAGGGUACUUUAAGUCGAGCUGACGACUUGACGUUGACGGCGAGGGCCACAAUCACAAAAUGAAAUCCGAGGGAAUCGAAGGUUGUGAGAGAUUCUUAAGCCCUGGAAAAGGCCGAGGGGUCAGAGCAACCAAGCAUUUCCAAGUGGGUGACCUGGUCUUCGCCUGUCCCGCAUAUUCCUACGUGUUGACAGUGAACGAGAGGGGGAGCCACUGCGAGUUCUGCUUCACAAGAAAGGAAGGGCUGUCCAAGUGUGGAAAGUGUAAGCAGGCCUACUACUGCAACGUGGAGUGUCAGAAAGGAGAUUGGUCCAUGCACAAGCUGGAGUGCUCUGCCAUGUGUUCAUAUGGAGAAAACUGGUGUCCCUCUGAAACUGUGCGACUGGUCGCUAGAAUCAUCAUGAAGCAGAAAUUCCAGACAGAGCUGACUCAGUCUGAAAGAUUGUUAUCCCUGAAAGAGUUUGAAGCACAUUUGGACAAGAUAGACAAUGAGAAAAACGAGAUGAACCAAACGGACAUUGCUGCACUCCAUCACUUUUAUUCUAAGCAUCUGGAUAUUCCAAGUAAUGCAGCUCUGGCAGAACUCUUUGCCCAGGUGAACUGUAAUGGUUUUACCAUUGAAGAUGAGGAGUUGUCUCAUUUGGGCUCUGCAGUCUUUCCAGAUGUUGCUUUGAUGAACCACAGCUGUAAUCCAAACGUGAUCGUGACUUACAAAGGUACAGUAGCAGAGGUCCGUGCUGUUCAGAAAAUCAGCCCUGGAGAGGAGAUUUUCAACAGUUACAUUGACCUCCUAUAUUCCACUGAGGACAGGAAUGAGAGGCUGAAGGAUUCAUACUUCUUUACCUGUGAUUGCACAGAAUGCACCACCAAAUCAAAGGACAAGGCCAAAAUUGAGAUUCGUCAGAAGCUGAGUACUACUCCAGAGCCAGAAGAAAUUCAGGAAAUGGUGAGGUAUGCCAAGAAUAUCAUUGAGGAAUUCAGGAGAGCCAAGCACUAUAAGACUCCCAGUGAGCUUCUAGAGAUCUGUGAGUUAAGUCUGGAGAAAAUGGGAUCCAUAUUCGAAGACACCAAUGUGUACAUGCUGCACAUGAUGUACCAGGCCAUGGGUGUCUGUCUCUACAUGCAGGAUUGGGAUGGAGCCAUGAAGUAUGGCGAGAAAAUAGUGCACCCCUAUAGUGUGCAUUACCCUCAGUACUCACUCAAUGUGGCGUCUAUGUACCUGAAGCUUGGAAGACUGUACUUGGGACUUGAGAAAAAGCCACAAGGAGUGAAAGCUUUAAAAAAGGCUAUUGCCAUCAUGAAUGUUGCAUUUGGAAAAGACCAUCAUUACAUUGCCGAGGUAAAAAAGGAAAUGGAAGAGCAAAAGUAACUGAGAGGACCUCUGUAAAUUCAAGAAUGGCUAUAUGGCAUGCAACUAAUACCUCUGCUUGCAUACAAAAUAAUGUCUGUUUCUCUUUGUCAUUUUGAGUUUUUGUUCUCUUUGUCAUUUUGUUUGUUUUACAAAUGAGUGCUGACUUGGGUCCUUGAUAUUGAGGUGCUGGUUCUGUUAGCUGUCUGUAUACUCUGAAUAAAUAUGCACUGUUUAUGUGAGCAAGGGCUAAUAAUUAAGUAUUAAAUAUAAUUGUCCUUAACGAUUGUCUUAAAGGUACUUCUUUAACUUCUUUGCCAUACCAUGCAUCAACCACACUGUAAAAACGACUGUUAGCUUGGCCACAGAAUUUACUAAUACCAUAUUUGGAUGAGUAUUUAGCAUGACUAUAUUAAUUGUCUGGAUAGUGUGGCAUGAAAGAUUGCCUUUGAUUCAUGCCAAAGCGCUAUAAUAUCUGUAAAGCCUACACUACGUCCUUUAACUACUCUUGGCACCACAAAAAAAUAUAUAUUUUAAUAAAAGCCAUUGGUUUUUUAAAAUUUCGUGGGGUAAUGUUAAUGCAUAGGUUUGUCAAUAUAAUUUUUUUAACAUAACUGUUAUGAAGUAGACUCAAAAACCAGUAAUAGUAUGUUUGUCAAUGUGUUAUUGUUCAGUAACACACUGACAGAUAUGUCUACUAAAAUAACAGAUCAGGUAUAUAGUGGAGGUCCAAAUGCAUGAGACCACUAGUAAAAAUGCUUCUAUUUUGCAUUCUUUUUUUAAUUAAAAAAAAAUCAUUAAAAACUAUAGCAACAACUUAAGUGAAAAGUAAAAUCUUGAGCCCUAUUUGGAUUUUUACACAAUAUGGCCAAAUGUUCUGUUUAUUUUUGCUCCACUGGCAGAAGUAGAUCGCAAAGAAGAUACUCACUCACUUUAUAGCCCAUUGGCUACUUGGCUGGCUAGUUCACAUUGAUUUUGUACAUUCCCAUUAAAGGUGCUUCCAGUGAAAUUGGCUUUCUUCUUUGUUUUCAUGUUCAUCUGAUGAGAUUUCAUAUUUUAAGUCAAAAGUUAUAUUCAUGAAAAAUGUAUCGUUUGCCAUAUCCACUGAUGAUGUCACCAACACUACUUUUAGUAACAGUCUCGAACUAGGAAGUGGAAUUUUAUGUGGUGAAAACACGCACACAAUAAAUAUUACAUUUGUAUAAAUAUUGAAUAUUAAAGAUGUUGGAUAUUUUCUUUUUUUGUUUGAAAUUUUUCAGAAUUCUGAAACUGUAUUUCUAGUUUUAAAUCUGGUCUCACACGAUUGAACCCCGGUGUAUAACUUACCUGUUCUGAUAUUUUAAUAGUAAAUCUUUUUUUUUUUUUUUUUUAAGGACUGGAGUCCUCAACAAAAAUCUAUACUCCUUUCUAUUGCUAGUCCUUUUUAACAUCAGGAUGCAUACUUUUAUGCUCCGUCAGAAUUGUUACUAUUCUACACUUUUCCUAAGAAAAACUAAUACCAAUUAUGGAAGAAGAAUAGCUAAAGACCUAACUGCACUGAAUACCUUGAAUAGAAUAGUCUUUAAACAAAAAAAAAAAAAAUGUAGCAGCAGAUAAAAAAAAGAAGGCCAAAAAAAAUGCAAUAGUGAAUAUAAAGAAAGACUUGAAACUUCUCAGUAGCAGAAAAAUGUAGGAACUCCAAAGCAGUGAGAAUCUUUGGCAGAUUUGAAAAAAAAAUAGUCACCAUUAUAAUCAACAUUUUAUCAUUCUGACAUUCGUUUCAGUAGGCAAUCUGUGACAUGAUUGGUACAUGUUUGGGUGUUUUACCUGCAGAUGGACAACAGUAAGCUCUAAAGCUGGGACUAGUAACUGAAUAACUUGUGUAUUUAACUUGCCCAAAAGCAAAUGACUUAUUAAGUGAUGACCAAGAAAAUGAAAGCAUGUAUUUGUCAUUUCUAUAUGCAGUAAAUAAAGAAACCUUAAAGAAAAAUGAAUGUCCUUGUUUUUGUUUUUUAAUAGAAACAGUGUGGUUGGAGUGGUGUCUGAUAUUUGUGUGGUCAGGACCAUUGGGGGCUUAUUGUGACAGUGAUGUGCAGAACUAUAGUAUAUAAUAACAGCAUUUUGCUCAAACAAUUUCUCUGCAUAUUUUAAAGGUAGCAACUGAUGCGGGAGUGUGCAGUGCCAUUCUAUAUUCUAAUGUCUACUAUAAACAAGUGUACCAGGUUUGGAUGUACAGUAAAUUGUUUGUGCUUGCUGAUGUCAGAUCACAUAAAUUAAACUCAGAUUGUCCACUUGCUAGCUAACGGAUAUAAUUUUUAUACACGUUGUCUCCUGUUCAACAAGCUACAGCAUAGCUCGGGCACACAAUAAACCUUCCAGGGUUGCCCCCCCCCCCC